AUGGCUGCUUUAUUUCUACAAAUGCGCAAGUUUGCUGCAUUUUGGAUUUUAUUUUGCUGCUGCUAUUUGUCUGAUAUCCUGCUUUGUGCCCCAAUGGAUCCACAAGAAAACCAUCCGGUUUCCAAGCAGCAUCUUUGUACAAUCCGGAAAACAUUCUUUCUUCAGACAUUCAUGAAAAAGAACAUUUUUGCCCUUGCUGAGCAGGCACGUAUAAUGGACAAGGAUACAGCCAAUAAAAUAUUUGGAAGCUAUCUCUUCUUUGGCGUUAAGGAGAAGGAUCACUGCUAUUUGAUGAAAAACGUGGUCAAUUCCUUUGUAGAGAAUGUUCUUCAUGAGAGUUCUAAGAAAUACCCCCACAUUGAUAAUGCAAUCGCCUUUUUCGUAAAUAUAGAGAAGGAUUUAGCUGGUUGUAAAUCUGAAGAAGGAGAUCAGAUUCAAAGAAAUGUUGAACAAAUGAUAAACAAAAUAAAAAUGAUGGGGCCCGAUGGAAAAAAUAAAGCAAUUGGUGAGCUGGACUUGUUAUUUGCCCAUCUAAGAAAAUGCACCUUACAAAGAAUGAAACCCCAUGCGAAUAAAUAA